AUGAGCCCUAGGUACCCUCUUUUUCCACAGAAACUUAAAACGAUAUUGAUAAGAGAAACAAUUGAUUUUAUAAAAAAUUUAAUUUUAAAUUUUAGCGAAAAACCUUUUGAAGAAGAUGUUAAUCUAAAUUUAAUAGAUUAAUCUGUUAAUUAAGAGAAUUAGUGCCAAAGGAUAGUUUUUAAUUCUUCUGGAUCAAUUAUGGUUUCAACUAAUGAAAAAAUAAUUAAAAUAUGGAAUUUUAAUAAUGGAAAAAUUGAAUUGCUAUAAAAUUUAGAAUAACAUAAUGGCUGGUUUAAUUGUUUAAUUUACAGUAGAUUAUAGGAUGCAUUUCUAUCAGGUUCAGAUGAUGCGACCAUAAGAAUUUGGAAGUUAAAAAAUAAUAAUUCAUGGAUUAGCUCAUUGUCUUAUUAAUAACAUACUGGUAGGGUAUAAUGUUUGAUUUUAAAUUAAAAUGAGGAUCAACUCUUCUCAGGAGGUUAAGAUAAUUCUAUUAAAGUAUGGUAAUUAGAUUUCAGUAAUGAUAAACUGAUUUAUUAAUAUUCUUUGGAUAAGCAUAAGUGUUUUGUAUUAUCAUUAAGUCUAAAUUAAUCAGAGAGUUUAUUAGUAUCAUGUGGUGAUGGUGAUAAAGAAAUAAUAAUUUGGGAAAGAGGAAUUUAAAAUGGAGUUUAAAUAUAUUGUUAAAUAAUCUAAUAAUUAUAGUGGAAUCAAACUAAAGUUUAUAAAGGAUGA